ACCAACAGCAAACCAAUCGAGAAGCAUCGUGCACCUCAGCGGCACGUCGACGAGAGUACACCACCGCCGUCAACGACAACGACGACAUGGGCAACAGCCUGCGGUGCUGCCUGGCCUGCAUGAUCCCCUGCGGCGCUCUCGACGUAGUCCGCAUCGUGCACCUCAGCGGGCACGUCGACGAGUUCAGCUGCCCGGUCGCCGCGGCCUCCGUGCUCGCCGCGCACCCCAACCACACCCUCACCACGGCGUGGUCCCCCUCCGGCGCGGCCGGGUGCGCCUCCAAGAAGCUCGUCAUCGUGUCUUCCGACUCCGAGCUCAAGCGCGGCCGCAUCUACUUCCUCAUCCCAUCGGCCACCCUGCCGGCCGACAGGAGGACGAAGAAGGGCGGUUCCAACAAGAGCAGCAAGCGCUCGAGCCGCCACCACGCCAAGAGCACCGGCGGCACGGCGGAGCAGGACAACUACCUGAGGGAGCUGCUUUCCGAGAAGACCGCGUCGUGCGGCGGCCACCGGAGGCAGCGGAGCGGCGCCCGGGUCGGCGUGUGGCGGCCGCAGCUCGAGAGCAUUGUGGAAGAGGCCUCAGAUUAGAGAUCUCUCUUCUUUGGUUCCGCUUAUUCUUUUGGUUUUCUUUCUGAUUUGCCGAUGUGAAUACCACGAGAAGGUACGUGUUUCCGGCCAGUUCUCGCCUCGAUCCCCUGACGACACUGUAUUGCAAUGUCCAGGGUUGAGCGGUCUAAAUUUAGCUCGGGAGAUGAGGGGAAAAUUGAGACAAAAUAAUUGUAAGAGCCCCAACCUGUACAGAGAGAUUUGGUUGAGUUCAUCCAAACUUUUCAAAC